UUGGCCAUUUUAAAGCAACAUACAGGAAGUAAACAUAGGCAGAGACGCCGUAGUGUUUCUUCGUUGAGAACAAUCUGUUCUCAAUGCCACAAAAAUGGAUCGCUUUUCGUGGUCAAAUGGUCUUUUAGAAAUUAACGAGACGUUGGUAAUACAACAACGAGGCGUCAGAUUGUAUGACGGUGACGAAAAGGCUAAACUGGAUGUUGGAAUUGUCUUAUUGAGUACCCAUCACUUGAUUUGGAGGGACGCAAAAAAUCACGAAUGCUGCAUUUCCAUGCCACUAUCGCAGAUCAUCUUCUUUGAGGAACAGGCUGCAGGAAUAGGGAAGAGUGCAAAAAUUGUUAUUCAUCUGCACCCUGCACCACCCAACAAGGAGCAAGGUCCUUACCAACACAGCAAGUUUUCUUACAUCAAGCUGUCUUUUAAAGAACAUGGACAGAUUGAGUUUUUCAGGAGGCUAACAGAGGAAAUGACUCAGAAAAGAUGGGAGAACACUCCUGUUUCACAAUCCAUCUCAACAGGAAUCUCGUCACAGUCAGGAAGGACGCGCGCGGUGGGGAUUGUAGGCAUUGAGCGUAAGAUAGAGGAGAGGAGGAAAGAAACAGACAAAAACAUCUCAGAGGCCUUUGAGGAUCUCAGUAAGCUUAUGGUGAAGGCCAAAGAGAUGGUGGAGCUGUCCAAAUCUAUAGCAAACAAAAUAAAAGACAAACAAGGAGACAUAACAGAGGAUGAGACAAUCCGCUUCAAGUCCUACCUGCUGAGCAUGGGUAUUGCUAACCCUGUCACCAGGGAAACACACGGCUCUGGCACACAUUACCACAUGCAGCUGGCUAAACAACUAGGAGAUAUGCUCCAGGCCCCUCUGGAGGAGCGUGGAGGCAUGAUGGCGCUCACCGAGGUGUACUGUCUGGUCAACAGAGCUCGAGGCAUGGAGCUUUUAUCCCCGGAAGAUUUGUUGAAUGCAUGCAAGAUGUUUGAAUCCUUGAAUCUCCCGUUGAGGCUGCGUGUGUUUGACAGUGGUGUGAUGGUGGUGCAGCUGCAAUCUCACAGCGAAGAGGAAAUGAUCGCCUCAGCACUGGACAAUGUGUCAGAGAAAGGUUCUUUAACAGCAGAGGAGUUUGCAAAACUGUUGGGUCUAUCAGUUCUUCUGUCCAAAGAGCGGUUGCUGCUGGCCGAGAAAAUGGGCCACCUGUGUCGAGAUGACUCAGUGGAGGGUUUGAGGUUCUACCCAAACCUCUUUUGAGGUGUCUGCAUCAAUCAUGGAUUAUUAGAUAGAGAAAUGUAUCAGAACUCUAAUGCAGACUGACUGUUCCUCCUGCUGGAAUUUGCAAUAAACAUGUGAUAGACAAAUGCA